UGUGACGUCACACAUCAAUAUGAGCAGACUUCAUGAAGAAAAUUCAGACGGAACACAUCGAUCGUUCUUUAGAAACUAAACGAGUUUGGCUCUUUUGUGGCCAUUUGGCCAUCGUAUAUGUGAGCACACUCCGUGGCUACCCUGACUUUCGGCAAUAUGGGUGGUUGCAUGGGUACAGGCCACGAUCCAAGUGUUAGAGUGAGCUCCAGCGAGUUCGGCAGUACGCCAGGAGUUACUCUUGGCAAAAAUCAGCCGCUGAAAAAAGAAAGGCAGCAGUGGACUUCAGAUAUUCCCUUGACGGAGGGACAGCUUCGCAGCAAAAGAGACGAGUUUUGGGAAACGGCCCCUGCUUUUGAAGGGAGAAAGGAGAUUUGGGAUGCUCUUAGAGCAGCUGCCGAAACUGAUGAUCACACUUUAGCCCAAGCUAUCGUAGAUGGCGCAAAUAUAACCCUUCCAACUGGUUCUUUACAAGAUGCAUACGAUGAACUGGGCACAAGAUAUGUACUGCCAGUAUAUUGUAUCAGCCAGCCCACCAACCUUAUAAAAGAUGAUGAUGUGAGUGGUGAUAUCAGCAAUGAAGUAGAUGAAAAAGAGACUCCACCAACUGGUGAAGAGACAUAUGUAAAAUUGCGACUCUCAACUGGAAAGGACUUGAAAAUGGUUGUUUAUACAUCAGAUACAAUACUAAAAAUUAAAAGGAAAUUACAGAAACAAGAAGACAUUGAACCAGCCAAGCAAAGGUGGUUUUACGCUGGCAAAUUGCUUACAGAUAAAAUGACUGUUGGUGAUGCCAAAAUACAGAAAGGGUUUGUCAUUCAAGUUAUUUUACCACAGCCAACACCAGUAGAGAACUGAGUUUUGGAACAACUACCAAUGGAAUAUUCUAUAGCAGCUUAAUAUUGGCUGCAGGGUAGCCUCCAAAUCGACCCAAAAGGAUUGGGGCCACAGCUUACAGAAAGGAAGGGCUGCAAACACAAUGUUUUAGUGAAGUCUAUCAACUUCGCCUUCCACUUCUAACCAUGCCAUAAGAUCUUAUUCUUCACUGAGUCCACUGAUACCUGAUUGAUGGCGGUGAAUGCAUUUAUGGUUCUUUCUCAACAGAAAUGAGCUAACUUCCUUGUAUAUGAGAAGUCUCUUGCAAUUUAGCUCCAUGCACCUUGCACCAUGGGAUGCCAAUUUCUGGUCUUUAAAACCAAAAGAAUCAAAACAA